ACGCGUAGAGUACUUUGCAACGAGUGCAAACGAUGACAACGAUAACGAGGCCACUUAUCUUUACACCCAGGUCCUUGCAGUAAUGUACAUGAAGAACGGAGAUUACGGACGUGCGAUACCACUGAUCGAGCGUGCGAGGAGCCUAGCCCCCAAGGACAAACAGUGUCCCCCCUUAGUGACGAUUUCGCUCAUUUUUGGGUGGAGUUUCAAUGAACCAGACAUCGUUGCUCAGCAACAGUUGUGCGAAACCCUCUAUUCUGAAGAACGUGCAGCCGAAGCUGUUGAGAUUCUCCUCAACAUCAUAGGGACAUCAGACGACGAGAUCCUGAGGAGCAAGUCAACUGCAGACUGGAUCACAGAUUGCACCAAAAAAUGCGUUACGACGGUUGAACAUGUUGGCGAUAAUGCUUCGGGAUCUGCUGCGCUGUCUAUUGGUCCUCAAAGUCCCGCAGGUCUGUUUAUCAGGCGGAGCAAAACUCGAGCGGCGAACGGAUUGUGGGAGGAUGCGCUGCAGGAUGCAAACAUGGCAGUGAAAAUGGAGCCCUCCAACCCUUUGGGCUACAAGACGAAGCACAUGGCGCUUCAUGGGGCGAAACGGUAUGGCGAAGCGAUCGAUGCUUUCAAGUCUAUGCUGCAGGUGAUUGAACAGUCUAAUGACCUUGCAAUCAGACAACUACGAAAGAACUACAUUUCUCCAUCUGAGACGAUCAGGGUUAUUGAUCUUACCGUUCGCGAUAUCCUCAAAAACUGUCCCCUCGUCGUCAUCCAUGUCACCUCCGGUUGCCUUUAGAGCUUGUUUCAUCCAUGAUGUCUUACUCGCCUCCGUCCAACCUCGUUACUUUAAUGUGCCUCAGCCUAGACAAGGCUCAAGAACGUUCAGAAGUACCUUCCAUAUGGAGAGUGGGAAGAGAACACUCUGUAUUCUCUCAGAGGCUUCCCUGUUGAUCUACUGAGGCCAUAGCCUGG